AUGGAGCUAAAGGAAAGCCAGAGUGAGAGUAAAAUUUCGAAGCCUCAGCGAAAUGGCUUCCAGACCGCAUACUUUAAAGAUGGUAAAAGAAAAAUUGAUUACGUUCUGACCUACGAAUGUGAUGAAGUGGAUGGUGAAGAAGAAUCCAGCAGUGUAGACGAUUUAGAAGAUAGUGCUCAUGCAAGAUCGAGAGAGGAGAAAAAAGUAAAUAAACGUCUGCAGUACGAGGAAAAUUUAAAAGAGCUGGGAUUGGAAUUAGAGCACGUUGAAGGAAAGUAUUGCAAGAAGACUCAUUUUGUAUUGGUUCAUGCACCAUUUUUGCUGCUUAUGAAACAAGCUGAAAGUCUUUGCUUAAAGAUGCCAGUACUGCAGAGCGAUGUGAAAGAGCGAACUAUUUUGGAAGGAAUAUUGGAUAAAUUUAUGAAAAGAUUUCGUUUUUUAACAUUCGAUGAGAAGACAAAUGAACGAUUAAAAGAACCAAAUUAUUUUACAGCUCCCUUCAUGGCUGCUCAUUUUGAAUGUUAUGUUGGUCAUGAAAACCCGAAUACAUUUUUUGACGAUUCGGAACGAAGUCGGUUAGUAUAUGAUUUAUUGAUUCGAACUAAAUAUGAUACGCGUGAAGCCGAAAAAUAUCGCGUUGGCAUACAACGUUUGAUCAAGAAUGGUACAUAUACGUCAGCUUUUCCUCUUCACGAGAACUGUGAUUGGGAGAAGUACAAUGCUGAUAGAAGUACCGAUCGUGAAUUUUUAUAUUGGAACUGGGCUCGCAUUACAAACAUUUACAAGUUUCAACCACUUGCACUAAUAAAGAAGUAUUUUGGCUCGAAAGUUGGAUGGUAUUUUGCCUGGUUAGGUUACUAUACGAAAAUUUUAGUUCCUGCUUCUGUCAUCGGCGUUUUAUGUUUUAUUUAUGGAAUAUUAACAAUUUCAGAGGAUACACCGAGUAACGAUAUUUGUGGUAGUGAUGGAAUUGGUGCUAAAGUGAUAUUAUGCCCAACGUGUGACAAGUACUGUGAUUACACUCGGCUUAAUUCCAGUUGCAUAUAUUCAAAGCUGUCAUAUGUGUUUGAUAAUACGUCGACUGUUAUAUUUGCCGCCAUGAUGAGCAUAUUUGCAACGCUCUUUCUAGAAGGGUGGAAGAGAUAUCACGCUGAAGUGGCCUGGAAAUGGGGCUUGCUUGAUUUUGAAGUUGACGAGGAAACAAUCAGACCUGAAUAUCAGUUACGUGUUAAAAAAUCAAAAACAAUGCGAAUCAAUCCGGUUACGCAGCAGCUGGAGCCUUAUUUAACAUUUCGUCAUAAGUUUCUACACUUAAUCGGAUCUGCCGCAACUGUUUUGUUCUUUCUAUUUCUCGUGAUAGCGUUUGUUAUUGGCAUUAUAAUUUAUCGAAUCGUAUUUGCUCAAGUUCUUUAUCGGAUGGAUGAAAUGAAAUCAUAUGCAAAUCUCCUCACAUUCACUACUGCUGCGACAUUGAAUUUAUCUGUUAUUUUAGCAAUGAGCUAUCUUUAUUCAUAUUUGGCGUUGAAUUUAACAAAUUGGGAAUGUCCAAGGACCCAAUUGGAAUUCGAUAAUAGCUACACGUUUAAAGUUUAUUUAUUCCAAUUUAUCAACUAUUACUCAUCCAUCUUUUACAUUGCUUUCGUAAAGGGAAAUUUGUCAAGCGUACCUGGACGACGUUAUUUCGGUCUUCGGCCAGAAGAAUGUGAUCCAGCUGGUUGUAUGGUCGAGCUUGUAAUACAAUUAGCAAUCAUCAUGUGUGGUAAACAAUUCUGGAAUGCUUUCGUGGAAUUUGCAUGGCCAAUGCUUAAGACUUGGUUACGCUCGCUGCGAUUAUUGGAAACCAAAAAGCAACGAGAUAAAAGGACAAAGCAUGAAUUGGUCGAUGGACUGAAUAAAAAGAACAAAUUAGCUAGAUGGGAGCAAGAUUAUAUACUCAAUCCUGCAUAUGAACAAUUCUUAUUUAAUGAAUAUUUGGAAAUGGUGAUACAAUUUGGCUUUGUAACUCUUUUUGUGUCAGCGUUCCCGCUUGCACCACUUUUCGCUUUGGUGAAUAAUAUCUUUGAAAUUCGCAUUGAUGCAUACAAAUACGUAGUUGCCACUCGACGUCCUAUGCCAGAGCGAGCACGUGAUAUUGGUAUUUGGCUGCCUAUUUUAAGCAUGAUUAGCAGAGCAGCUGUCCUGGUUAAUGCUUGUAUCAUAGCGUUUACGAGCGAUUUUAUACCCCGUUUUGUUUAUCGGUUUGUGUAUAUGCAUGAUGAAUUGUACGGAUACGUGAACAACUCACUCUCCUUUUAUGAUUCAUCUGGAAUUUUUGUGAAGUGGAGCGAAUUCAAGAAUGAUAACAUUACUGUUUGUAGGUUUCGUGACUACAGAAAGCCACCUUGUACUAUCGAUCCGUUGGCAGACUGUGAUAAUGAUUAUGGUUUUACUAUGCAGUGGUGGAUUGUUUUUACUUUUCGUUUAGCAUUUGUUCUUAUUUUCGAGCAUUUAAUAGCAAUGAUCAGAUGUAUGAUUGCCUAUGUGAUACCUGAUAUUCCGGCGAAUAUUUUCAUUCAACUUCAACGACAACGUUUUCUUGCGCGACAAGCUCGGAUUUCAAAUAUUACUUCCGCGGUCAGCGCUCGAAAUGGCUUAGAGAGCAGUCAAAAUAAUGCAGAAGAAAACGAAGUGGACUCUGUGCAGAGUGAGUUAAUCUUCCAACCAGGACAGUUCAACAGCCGACGAGUAUCAGUUGAACUGGAAAAAAUUGCAAGAGAUAAUUUUCACAGACGAGCACACUCUUUUCUCUCUCUUGGAAGUCGUGGAAGUGAUAGUUUUCGUACUUGUCGAAAUUCGAUAGAUUUAGAUGGGCCUUAUGUAUAA